UUUAAAGCGGUGGGAUUUACUUCUUGGUUGCCUCUAUGGAACAGGCUUUCACUCAUUGGAAUUCAUCAAAAACUCCAUGAACCUCGGAACAAAAACCUUACCAAUUCUCCAAAGAUUAUCCAACAGUGAAGAUCUGCCUCUCAAUGUUCUUCUCAAGGACUUACAUCCACAUGGUUACAGGAAUGUCCAUCACUUCCCAAAUCCCCUGUAAUCAGAGACAGAACCCACUGCAGUAAGUCAUCAUGGCAAAAAAGCUGGUGACAGCACAGAAACGAGGGGAGACCAGGGCUCUUUGCCUGGGUUUGGGAAUGGUGGCAUGCUCAGUGAUUAUGUAUUUCUUUAUUGGGAUCACCAUUAUGCCAUCCUACAAAAGAAGUGUCUGGACCAAAGAAAGUAUAUGCAAACUGAUGAAAGCCAGCAUCAAGGAAGAUAUCCACUGUUUAUUCAAUGAAGGUUUUGGUGAUGAGAAUAUUUUUCGCUAUCCUUGUCUGGAAAUCCAGGUCAAUCUGACACUCUUAGGGCAGUUGGUAAUGCUCUAUCACAAAGAAGACACCGUGUACAGAAAUCCCAAGUGCUCCUACAUCCCCCUAAAUAUGGAGAAUUAUAAUGAAGUCCAAAAACAAGUGGAAAAGAUAAGUGACGAUUUCAGAAACCAGCAGACAUUCCCUUGUUAUUAUGACCCAUCAAGAAAAGAAAAGAGUGUCAUUUUAAAGAGAUUGUAUGCUCCAGAGGGACUCAUCUUUGCUUUCCUCUGGCCAACUCUGAUGUUGGCUGGUGGAGUCUUCAUUGUCAUCAUGGUGAAAAUAAGUCAGUAUUUUUCUGUACUCUCGGCUUCACAAUACAGAACAGGUAUAUAGCAUGUCCUAACAUCUGCCUUCAUUUUAUAUUCAUAUCUAUAUCUGUAUUUUUUUUCAAGUUAACACACUGUGGAUUAACAAGAUACAAAAGCAAAAGGAAAACAUAAGUUUCUCAGUUGGGAGCCAUCCAAAUAAUACUUCUUUAGAAACACAUAAUUACUUUUGAUUUGACAGACUUGCAGAGACAUCUUUUGUUCACAUUUUGGUUCAGUGUUAUGUUACAGCAAGAAAUUUGGGUGAGGGAUUUCACCCAGAGAUAUAUUGGAUCAGCACACAUUCUCAGAACAUUUUACUGAUUUAUUAAAAGCAUAAAUUCAUAGGUCAAAUCAGCACAGAUGUGUGUACAAGCAUAGGCGUGACUCUUUCAUUGCAUCUCUGAAGGCUCACCUUUUGGAAUAAAUU